UAUUUUUAAACUGAAAUGUAUUGAGUUGAAGAGCCUUACGCUGGUUGGGUUUUUAAGCUGUCCCAAAUUAAUGGAGCUAAAGGUCUGGGUCGAGGGGAUACAAAGGAUUGUUUGUGGAGUAACUGAGACUACCACUUGUCAGGAUGUAGUCUUUGCAUUGGCUCAUGCAACUGGAAAAGUGGGUAGAUUCACAUUGAUAGAACGAUGGAGGAAUAAUGAAAGACUCUUAGCUCCACAAGAAUAUCCUCUUAAGAUUCUAAUGAAAUGGGGUGAAUAUUCCAACGAUAUACAGUUCAUUUUAAGAAGAUCUGAUAGCAGCGAUAACCAAAAAUUCUUACCACCUAAUAGCAAUAUAAAAUCACCAAAUGGAAAUGGUCAAACUACACUAAAUCCCAAUAUACAAGAUAAGCAGAAUUCACCAAAUAGGCCAAAUUCAACAGCAUUUAACAAUGUAAAUACAUCACCAAGUAAUCCGGUGGGUGUUGUAAGGGGUAUACAACAAAGUAAGACUCCAGAUGAUAGUCCAGCAUCUAAAGAUGUUCCUCCUUAUAGGGAUCCCCCACCACCAUACAGAUCUCCCCCUCCACCUCAAGGAGUUCGGAAGUCUCCCAGCCGCUCGAGACCUCGCUCACACAUGUCACCGGUAAAUGAACCUGAUGAAGAACGGAAUCCAGAGGCAGUCAGCUAUAACACUCAAUAUAGAGAGCUGGUGUCGCUUGUAAAUUAUCAGAGGGAUAAACUUUCUAGCCAACAAGUUGAUUUGAUAAAAUAUGACGCAGAGAUAGGUUACUGGGAAAACAAAGGCAGAGAGCAGGAAAGACAAGUAGAGCUCUUACAACAACAAAUCAACUCAGCUGACAGUCAACUUAGAAUUAGCACAGAACAGGUACAAGCAUUAAACUAUGUUGAGGAGGAAAGCGAAAUAGCGAAACAAAAUGAAAAGACUUUAAAAUCAGAGAUUGUGCUGGUUCGAUCAAAACUAGCCAAUUGUGAGACAGAACUUUUGCAAUGUAAGAACAAGAUACGAAAAGUCAUGGAAGACAUACAUACUGAACAAAGACUUCUAAAUGGCCGUCAACAAGAGAAUCGACAAGCUUUGGAAAGGACAAUGUUGGCAGAAAUGGAUGGCCUUCAAACGCAGAUACAACAAGCAAAACAUGCCACAGAGAUCAACCACUUAACAGCUGAAAAUCUGAAACGAGAGGUGGGUGUACUCGAAACAGCCAUAAUGGAGAAGAAGCGUCAGGUGGAACGGCUAGUUCAGGAAAUGAAGGAAGCUAAUCUUCAGAGUCUUACUGGUAGUGUGGACGAGCUUCGCCAUCCGUUAGACGGCAUGUGCAAAGCAGGCAGCGCCAGAAGGAUUAUUGGGUCUCCGAGACAGCUCGAGAACGCCGCCCCCACAAAUAAGAACCCACAUGGAGUUUGGGUGUAAUAGUAAUAUAUAUUUACUAAUUUCAAAGUUUUAUACAAAAAACACAAGAAAGACACAACAAACAUUAAAAAAUCAUGUUGUCUGGUGUUUUACAUUAAAGACCUACCUACCUAUUGCAAAUACCAUCAAAAUUAAGUUCUUUAAGAAUUUUCUAUAGAAUUUAGUUUGAAAGUCUGGUUUAGAAACAACUACCCAAUCUACGCGAUGACAUCGUUAAGUCUACGUUUUACAUAACCAGGCCUAAAUAUUGUGUCUUAUAAUACAAUAAAUGUAUUGCGGUCACAUUGUAUUAAAAAUAUAACUUUAUGCAUAAACAUUUAUGGUAGACAAGUUGUAAAUAAAAUUAUAUCAUAUUUAAUCAUAUGAAUUUAAUAUAAUGUAUUAGCUUUGUGUUCAAAUUGUGUCAUAUACCGUCACAAAUUACGUGUAAACGGCUCUACUCAGAUAAUUCUUAAGUAUAAAUUUAUAUUUUUUAUUUUCUUUAAAAUGAAAAGUUAUAAGGAAUGGUUCAUGAUAUACCUUACUCCAUUAUUUAAAUAAAUGAAGAUAAAACUACGAGUUGGAAUUAUCUAGUGUAUAUGUUUGAAGUUUCUAUGUAGGGUUGUAAUCGUACUUAGCGUUUUAAAGUCUUGCCUUUUUUUGUUUUAGCAAAAAAUAUAUCUAUAGGAUUUUAAUUAACUUCUAUUAAUCAUUGCUUUUUGCGUAGCGGCAUUUAUUAUAUGGAUUUAAGCGAGUUUUAGUUUGGUGCAAAAUAUUGUGUGAUCUUAGUUUUUACGAAUUUAUUAUAUGAGAAUGCAAAACGAGAAAUAUUUUUUAACUUAACGUAUUUUUGUUAACGAAAUAUUAAAAAAAAUUAAGCACGAUCACGGUUUCAAAAUAAUGUGAUAGAUUUUUAGAAAACAUUUUGAGUAGUACAUAUGACAUUGACAUUAAAAAAAGGAACAUUUGACGAUUGAAAAGUUUGACAAAUGGCUUCGCUAUGAAACAGUGUUGCUCACUUGGAAAUAUGUUUCAAAGCAAAGAAAAUCUUAUAUGAAGAGGGUUUUUAACCCUCUUUUGUUCAUAUAAGAUUAUUCACACUUCACUUUGAAUUACACAUUGUAAAUAAGAUGAUUUAAAAUCAUUAACCCAUGCAUUCUUCGUUUUGCUUUCUCCCAUAUGCCGUGCGUUGUGCAAUGUGCCAUUAACAUAUAGAUUAAAUAGACAAAUUAAUUUAUAACAAAUCACUAUCGAACAUUUUUUCUCUAUAAUAUUGAGACAACUUUCAAUAUUUAAGUAAAUAGUAAAAUCUAGUCGAAAAUAUAAAAGCCAUUGCAAUAUUUAUAUUCUUCAUCACACUUCAAUGAAUUUUAUUGUUAGCAUAAUAGAAUUGGUAUAGAACACUUUAGACUUGAAUUUUGUAUUAUU